AUGGCGUCCUCUUCCGACGGUCGAGACUCCCAAUGGUAUCAGAAACCAUCCAAGAAAGUCAUACCUAAUCACCUUGUGCCUCAAAAGAAAAUCGGAUUCCAGCUUUCAGCAGUUGCUAACAACAAAAGAGACCAGCAAGGCGGGAGAAGAUCCACGGGCAAUGAUAGUGAAGGUUUUAAGUCAACAGAGUUUAACAUCAUAUCCUUUGGCAACAAAGCACACAGAAAUAGUACGGCUAGCUUCCAGGACUCAUCGCUCCUUGCUUUAAAGGACCUGGCUUCCAUUGAAAAUGACGACCUUCCGUUGUACAACUAUAAUGAGGAUCUUCCUCCUCCCAGAUCGUUGUAUGACUUGAACGAUGAAAGCUCCUUGACCCUGAAUAAGCCCACACAAAACAUUGAGUCCUUUAUCACCAAGGACCCUCGCAGCUUUCUGAAUGCAUUUGUCAGUAACGGUGCAGCUAGCAACGAAUCGAAGACUGAUAAAAAGAACAUAUCAAAGAACCCCUUGCAGCAUAGUGAGUCGGCUGUUCUUGUGUUCGGGUAUCCAGAAUCAAUGGCAACCCAAGUAAUUGCUCAUUUUCUGGAAUUUGGAACCAUACUCGAGGACUUUGAGGCAGCAAAGAACACCGCCACUACUUCUCCUGAGGAGAUUUUUGAGGGACCAGCUACUGGUGCAUUUAUUAAGGCUGAUGAAACUACAAUUCAUGAACACACCCCGAGUCCGCCUAUACUUUGUGGUAAAUCUUGGGUCAAGCUCACUUACGACAACCCAUCUUCCGCAGCAGAUGCUCUUCAAGAGUCUGGAUCAGUGUUUAAUGGUGCCCUAAUAGGAGUGGUUCCCUAUACAAAAGCUGCAGUGGAGAAGUUGCAAAACCGCAAGUUGUCUAGUACCGAAGACAUUGGAGGUGGCCUACAAGGGUUACACAUCGGAGAUCUUUCCAGCAAAGUCGACAAAGGCGUCAUUGGAGACUCUAAUGACAUACAGGCAUCGUAUAUUAAGAGACUAGAUAUUAAGGAUGGGUCUGAGAUGUUUCUCAAGGCUUCGCUGAAUGGCAAUUCUACCAACUCAAACGAUUCCAAAAAGCCAAAACAACAAUUAGGAUUGGUAGGAACGAUAUCCAAUUACCUCUUUGGAUUUCACGAUUUAUAA